CACCGCCGGGCCGGGCCGAGCCGAGCCGGACGGGGCGGGACCGGGCGGCGGCGGCGGCGGCGCAGCGGCAGGAUGGCGGCGCCGGCGCCCUCGUCCUGCGACUGCUUCGUGGCGCUGCCGCCGGCCACCGCGGCGCCGGCCGUGGUCUUCGGCAAGAACGCGGACCGGCCGCGCGACGAGGUGCAGGAGGUCGCGUACUUCCCCGCCGCCCGCCACGGCCCCGGGGAGAAAGUCCAGUGCACCUACGUCGAGGUGGAGCAGGCGGAGCGGACCCACGCCGUGGUGCUGAGCCGCCCUGCCUGGCUGUGGGGCGCCGAGAUGGGCGCCAACGAGCACGGCGUCUGCGUGGGCAACGAGGGCGUGUGGACCCGCGAGCCCGUCGGCGAGGGGGAGGCCCUGCUGGGCAUGGACCUGGUGAGGCUGGCGCUGGAGCGGGGCGGCUCGGCCCGCGAGGCCGUGGAGGUGAUCGCGGCGUUGCUGGAGCGGCACGGCCAGGGCGGCAGCUGCAAGGAGGAGCCGGUGCCGUUCGUCUACCAUAACACCUUCCUUGUGGCCGACCGCACUGAGGCCUGGGUGCUGGAGACGGCUGGUCCGUACUGGGCAGCCCAGCGCAUCGGAGAGGGGAGCCGCAACAUCUCCAACCAGCUCAGCAUCGGCACGGACAUCACGGCCGAGCACGCGGGGCUGCGGCAGCGCGCCCGGAGCCAGGGCUGGUGGAGCGGGGCCGGGGAGUUCAGCUUCGCCGAGGUCUUCUCCCUGCCGGAGCAGCCCGCCCGCAUGGAGGCCGCCAAGGCCCGCUACCACGCCGGCAAGGAGCUGCUGCGGCAGCACGCAGGCCGUGUCACGGCGGAGACCCUCAUGGCCAUCCUCCGGGACAAGGCCAGCAGGAUCUGCGUGGACUCGGAGGGCUUCCGCACGGCGGGCAGCAUGGUGUCCGUGCUGCCCCGGGACCCUGCCGUGCCCUGCGUCCACUUCUUCACGGCCACCCCUGACCCCUCCAGAUCCGUGUUCAAACCCUUCAUCUUCGUGCCCGGCCUCAAGCCUGCGCCCCAGGUGAGAUCUCCCAGCUUUGCCGAUGACCCCGCCAAGAAGAUCCCGCGCUUCCAGAGCAGAGUCGAUCGGCGGCACGAGCUCUACCGCCGGCAUCAGGCAGCGCUGGAGCUGAUGGAGAGCGACCCGGAGCAGGGCCAGAAGCUCCAGCAGACGCUGCGGGAGCUGGAGAGGCAGGGCCUGGAGGCGGUGAACGCGCUGCUGGUGGGGACCGUGGCUCCGAGCCCGGAGGAGCUCGCCGAGCUCUUCUUCGACUGCGUGGACACCGAGAUGAAGUUUUACAAAUAAACUCCAUGCAGCUGGGAGCGUUGCAAGGAGAUGAGAAAGCGUUCCUCCCUCUGCCGUGUCCCGGUUCCUCACCUCCCGCUGCCCAUCUGCCGGCCACGGAACGGCACGGAGAGAAACGGCUCGGCCGGCGUCUCCCAGCCCUGCCCAGGGAUGCAGAGCCCCUGGCCCCGUCACUUGUCCUGUAAGAAUCAGCACUUUCGGGGUGGCUGUGACCCUCGAGCGCAGGUGCAGGAGGAAGGAGAGGGACCUGCCACGCGGAGGAGGAUGCGAUGUCCUCCCCCUGCCUGGCAUGUCUUCUCCCAGUGCUGUCCCAUGCUGUCCUCCCCUUCCCAGCCCUGCUGCAGAGGGCCCUGGCUGCGGGCUUGCUGCGAGUCCCUGGCACACAGACACACAAACCGAUGUAGGAAUAAAGAGGCUUUAAUUCCA